AUGAAGCGAUCCGUGCUGCGUGCUGCGGAGCUGAAGCUCUAUCAGUAUGCCAUUUGCCCGUUUUGCAACAAGACCAAGGCUGCGCUGGAGUUUCUCAAGGUGCCGUAUAAGCCUGUGGAAGUAGAUCCGCUCACCAGGUCGCAAAUCAGCUUCUCGAAGGACUACAAAAAGGUGCCCAUCGCCGUUUUCUCAGAUGGAGCCGUGGUGGGAGGCUCCACGCAGAUCGUGGACAAGGUGAUGGAGUCCGAGGACGCCGCCAAGCAGAUUGAUGCAUCACACUUCCUCAGUGACGAGGCGAGAAAGUGGAGCACGUGGUGCGACGAGAAGUUCGCCGUUUGCGUGUAUCCAAACAUCACAAGAAAUGUCUCAGAGUGCUGGCAGGCCCUUGGCUACCUUCAGAAAUGUCCGGAGUUUUCCCCGGCGCGAGCAUUCGCGACACGGGCGGUUGGGGCGCUGGGCAUGGCAGCAGCCCAUGGAAAGAUAAAGAAGAAGUACCAGAUGGACAACGAGCGCGAUGCUUUGUUCACGGCAGUGGAUGCAUGGACGGCGGAAGUUGGCAGCAAGUCCUUCCGCGGUGGUGAGAAGCCAGACUUGUCGGAUUUAGCAGUCUUCGGCUGCAUUCGGGGCCUCUCAGACCUGCCUCUCUACUCAGAGAUGGCUGACCACAAGGUGUUGGCAGCAUUGGUUGCCUGCAGUUGGGACGCGUGGAGCUUUGUGCAUGGUCCUGCGAGAUUGCCGGUCGAGCUGGUUUCCAGGAGGGCGAGCGCUGCGGCAGCCUCCGGCACCGAAAAGGCAGCGGCGCCGGCGGCCAAAUCUUCUGGCGACCAGGAGAUCGAUGACGCAGUCCUUCGCAUGGCAAUGGCCAUGUCCGAGGACGAGGACGGAUCCUCUGCUGCAACUGCCACCGUGAAGAAGACAGAAGAGGAGGGUUUUGACUUCAACAUUCUCGUCACAGUGUUCUGGGUGUCCCUGAUCCUCUACUCCUUCGGCUCGAGCAUUAUCGGUGUGACGCAAGGACGCAUCCAGGACAGAACAGGCGGUGACUUCACCCUGUACGACUUCUUCGAUAACAUCUUUGCGUUCUCAGAGUGGAACUGGGAGUACUCCCUCGGUUUUGAUCCCUUCAAGCUGUUUGACAGCUUGAAGAACGGCGGCAGUGCCCCACCAUCCUGA